GGCAAUGUUUUCCGUUACAAUUCUUGUCGGAAGUAGGCAGUAGAUAUUGAGUAAUCUCAGAAGCCCAGCAGCUGAUCUGAGCGAAAAUGGCGCUAUACGCGAAGGGUACCGUUCUCAAGCAAUCAUGGAUUGUGGCUUGCGAAAUGCAGGCUCGAUGCUUUCACAUCAGUCCAUUGGCCAUGGCUGCCCAGAAAGUAGCCAUGAGCAAGUUAGAUGCUUCCAGUUAUCUACCUCAUGCACAGCUCCAGGAAAAGUUGGAGAUAGUUAAAAAUCGUUUGAAGAGACCUAUGACUCUUUCUGAGAAAAUUCUUUAUUCUCACUUGGAUGAUCCUAAGAAACAAGAAAUUGUUCGUGGUCAAAGUUAUCUUCGUCUCAGACCAGACAGAGUUGCGAUGCAGGAUGCAACUGCUCAAAUGGCUAUGUUGCAGUUUAUCUCCUCUGGUUUGCCUCGUGUUGCAGUUCCAUCAACUAUUCACUGUGACCAUUUAAUUGAGGCUCAGACUGGUGGAGCUCACGAUUUGGCACGUGCCAUAGACAUCAACAAAGAAGUAUACAACUUUCUAAGCACAGCUGGUGCUAAAUAUGGUGUUGGCUUCUGGAAGCCUGGUUCAGGCAUCAUUCACCAAAUCAUCUUAGAAAACUAUGCUUUCCCUGGUCUUCUUAUGAUUGGUACCGAUUCCCACACCCCUAAUGGAGGUGGUUUGGGAGGUCUCUGCAUUGGUGUUGGCGGUGCUGAUGCCGUCGAUGUCAUGGCGAACAUUCCUUGGGAGCUUAAAUGUCCUAAGGUUAUUGGAGUGAAACUUACGGGAAAAUUACACGGCUGGACCUCGCCUAAAGAUGUUAUUCUUAAAGUAGCAGGCAUCUUGACAGUCAAAGGUGGUACUGGAGCGAUUGUAGAAUACUUUGGUCCAGGAGUUGAUUCAAUCUCCUGCACUGGUAUGGCAACCAUUUGCAACAUGGGAGCAGAAAUUGGAGCUACUACAUCCGUUUUCCCAUACAAUCAUCGUAUGCGAGACUAUCUUGUUGCUACUGAACGAAAGGCGAUUGCAGAUGCAAUUGACCCGUACGGCCGGGAUUUGCUCUCUGCUGAUGAAGAUGCGCCUUAUGACGAGAUCAUCGAGCUGAACUUGUCUGAACUAGAGCCUCAUGUCAAUGGGCCUUUCACACCAGACUUGGCCAAUCCUAUCUCGAAAUUGGGUGAAGAAGCCAAAAAGAAUAGCUGGCCACUUGAUGUCAAGGUUUCUCUUAUUGGCAGUUGCACUAAUUCUAGCUAUGAGGACAUGGGUCGAUGUGCCAGCAUCGCUCGAGAGGCGCUUAAACAUGGAUUGAAGGCCAAGUCCGCCUUCAAUAUUACUCCGGGAUCCGAACAAAUUCGUGCUACUAUUGAACGCGACGGCAUCGCUGAAACGCUACGAGAAUUUGGUGGCGUUGUCCUUGCUAAUGCUUGCGGUCCUUGUAUUGGCCAAUGGGAUCGUAAAGAUGUUAAAAAGGGCGAAAAGAAUACCAUUGUUACGUCCUACAAUCGAAACUUUACUGCUCGUAACGAUGCUAAUCCUGCCACACACGCCUUUGUUACAUCGCCAGAAUUAACAACUGCCCUGGCCCUUGCUGGAACUUUGGAUUUUGAUCCACGAACUUCGAAACUUAAGGGUGCUAACGGUGAAGAAUUCUUACUGAGCGACCCGUUUGCGGAUGAGUUGCCUGCUCGCGGAUUCGAUCCAGGCCAGGAAACCUAUCAAGCCCCAGGGGAUCCUACGAAAGUUACUGUUGACGUAGAUCCCAAGUCCCUGCGUCUUCAACUGCUGGAUCCCUUCAAGCCAUGGGAUGGCAAAGACCUAGAGAAGAUGGUAGUUUUGAUUAAAGUAAAGGGAAAGUGCACCACAGAUCACAUUUCAGCAGCUGGUCCGUGGCUCAAGUAUCGUGGUCAUUUGGACAACAUUUCUAAUAAUAUGUUGAUUACUGCAAUUAAUUCUGAAAAUGGAGAAAUGAACAAAGUUAGAAACCAAGUAACAAACGAAUUUGGCGCUGUGCCAGAAACGGCUCGUUUCUACAAAUCCAAAGGUGUUAACUGGGUCGUUGUUGGAGAUGAUAACUACGGCGAAGGAUCUAGUCGAGAACAUGCCGCAUUGGAACCUCGUCAUUUGGGAGGAAGAGCCAUUAUUGUAAAAUCCUUUGCUCGCAUCCACGAGACAAAUUUGAAAAAGCAAGGAAUGCUCCCACUUACAUUCGCCGACCCUGCUGAUUAUGACCGCAUUCAACCCUCUGAUCGUCUUUCACUCCUCGGACUUGCCGAUUUGGCACCAGGCAAACAAGUGAAAUGCCAAAUUCACCAUGCCGAUGGGUCUUCAGAGACAAUUCAUUUAAACCAAAGUAUGAACGAACAGCAGAUUGAAUGGUUUAAAGCAGGCAGUGCUCUAAAUAGAAUGAAGCAAGUCGCUGCCAGCAAGUAGAUCGGAACCUGAACCCGUUGACUUAGUUUUAGGUUAAAUUCAUUGCAAAGUUGGUGUUUAUUGUAUGUAAUUUAAAAUAGUCUUGAGAAAUAGACAAUUUAUAUCGA